CCCUGAAUUUGUGCACAGAUUUGAGCUUGUGUCUUGUAACUGGACGAUAUCAGUUGCCUUGGGAUAGCUGUUCUGGAGUCAGUGCUGAGAGCGAAUAUGACUGCCCUCCACCUAAAUCCCAGCACGGAUUUGUUUAUUUGCAGAGAGCAUAGUUCCCUAUGUCAGGGUUUUCUGACCCCCCACCCCGCCCCAGCUCAUGGAGCAACCAGUGGCCAAGGAGGAACACCUGAUCUGUUCUACACUUUGUACCCAGAGGCUGAAAUUGGUCACAUGGCUGGCUCUUCUAACUAGUUGCUCUGCAGCACAGAAAACUUGGAUGUAAGAAGAUACAGCAUAGGCCACAUCUGAGCCGGUGACAUGGGAAAGUGGCAGGAAAUGACCAAGGAGCGCCCUAGUCACCUUACUCUGAGUGAAAAGAGGGCCACUGUGGCUGUGCAAGGUGCCUUGCUUCCUCUCUUUGCAGGAGCUGGAGAAGCAGUACUCCCCUAGCAGGUGGUCUCCACGGCUGGAUGCGGAUGCUGUGAUUGAGGCUCACGUACAGGCAAUGAGCGAAGGUACCCGCCAUGCCCAGAUUGGCACCCAGACUCUGCUGAAUGUGCCCUACGGGUUGGGCGACGGAGAGAAGCUUGAUGUAUAUCUUCCUAAGGAACACACUGAAACCUUCCCUCUGGUCCUCUAUAUCCAUGGCGGCUACUGGCAAUUCCUCAGCAAAGAUGCUUCAGGCUUUGCUGCGGGGCCCCUAGCGACCCACGGCGUCGCCUUGGCUGCAGUUGGCUACGAUGUGGCUCCCAAAGGCCAGCUGGAGGUGAUGGUCAGGCAGGUCCGACGCAGCGUGGCCUUCGCAGUUCAGCAGUACACAGGGAUCAGCGGUGUUUAUCUGCUUGGACACUCAGCAGGGGCCCACCUGGCAGCCAUGGUGCUCUCUACAGAUUGGGCAGAAUUUGGUGUUGUGCCAAAUAUCAAAGGAGCCUUUUUGGUGAGUGGCCUCUAUGACUUGGAACCCAUCACACACACCUAUGUCAAUGAUGUUUUGCACAUGAGCCGGGAGGUGGCCUUACAGAAUAGCCCUUUGAGGUGUGUGCCUAAGUUUGAGGGCAGGAGAAGCUGCCAGGUACUCAUCACUGUGGCACAACAUGAUUCUCCCGAGUUCCACAGACAGUCCCAGGAGUACUUUGAGGCUUUGCGUGCAGCUGGCUGGAGUGCCUCUUUCCUGGACAUUGGAGACACAGAUCAUUUUGAUGUUAUUGAGAAGCUCUCCCAGGAAGACUAUUUUCUCACACAGGUGAUUUUGAAAAUGAUUUCAAGAGGCUGAUAGGUUGACACAAGAUGGAACUCUCCGCCUGGAGUCCCCAUAUACAGCCAUGAGUGGCCAUCGCUGACCUUGCAAACCCACCCACCCCAAUCCUCCACUCUCUAUGCUGUGCUGUUUUAUUUCACCCUGGGAAUGGACUUCCUGCAAUUGCAAUUUUAUCCAGUUAAGAAAGAACUUCAGAAGACACAAAUCUAUUGAAACGGAACUUUGAAACAUAUUAUUCCUUGUUGCUUUGGAGGCAAUUGACUCUUCAAGAGAGCACACAGUUCCUUUCGCAUGGACUGCCUGACACAGAGACAGUUCCUGUCCACUCCUGCGAUAAACUCUGUUCCUCCCAGCAUGCUGAGAACAUUAAAAUAACAUCAACGCAUAAAUUACAUCUACAUUGUGGCAGUUUAUCACCUUCCCCUAGGAGAUAGUCUGAAUCAGUGAGCACAGGCAAGGCAUAAUUGCUGCAUAAAUCACCAUGUCUCUCAGGGCCUGAGCUGAAGAUGGGCAUCUUUCACUAACAGCAGUAACUAAACUUUUAUUCAACCUUCUAAAUCCAUAUGAAACUGCCUUAUACAGUCAGAACAGUGGCACUCUGUGCUUGUGCUAUGGAGGCCCAUGUCUCUACUCCCAUGGGCUCAAUGCAGUCUUUGAAUCAGGGAUCAUGCAAGCAGGAAGCUGCAGAUUUAGAGCAUAGCCAGACUGGAACAGUUCUAAAAGAAAAUUGUGGAAAUCAUGGCAACAACGGCUAUAACAACUGUGCUGCGACAGCCGGUUAGUUAUGCUCUUGCCUUGGAAUGGGCCAAAGUUAAGAAAUACAUCUCAAGACCUUGUGCAAGUAA